GAACUGCACCGGUGCUUUGUGAGUGAUUCAAAUUGAUUGCACAUGUUAAUCAGCUGACUUUUUUGAAUCAACUUUUUCCAUGUUUUUUUGUCAAAUUUUCUCCAUUUUGAGUUUUAAUUAAAAUUCUUGUUAUGUCGGCAGUUAAUGGAUGUGUUGCGUUUAUAACUGGAGCUGCCUCUGGCCUUGGUAAAGCUACUCUAAAACAUUUAUUGACCAAAGGAGCUCGUGGAGUAUACUGUUUUGAUACUCAAGCUUUUCCUGAGGAGGUGGAAAAAAGAGACAAUUUCGCCGCAUAUCGAGGGGAUGUGAGGAGUGAAGAAAAUGUUUCUGCUGCUUUGGAGGAGUGCUAUAAAAAAUUUGGAAAGAUUGACACUGUAGUUAACUGUGCUGGUGUUUCUGUUGCUUUUCGCUUAUUCAAUUUUAAGAAAAACAGAGCCCAUGACUUGAAAGAUUUUGCCGACGUUUUUCAAGUCAAUUGUCUGGGAACUUUCAAUGUAAAUCGCUUAGCUGCUGGUUAUCUAUACAAAAAUACACCUGAUGAAGCCAAUGGAUUACGAGGCUUAAUUAUUAAUACCUCUGGUAAUGCUGCUUUUGAUGGACAAAUUGGCCAGGUUGCUUAUUCUGCCGCAGCUGGAGCAAUCAAUUCUAUGACUUUACCUCUGGCUCGUGAUCUUGGAGUUGUUGGUAUUCGUUGUUUGACGAUAUCAUGUGGAUACUUUAAAACUCCUCUCUUAGCCCAUCUUCCAAAGAAUAUCUUAGAUUUUCUGGAAAAUUCAACUUUGUGUCCAAAAAGAUUAGGAGAGCCUACAGACUAUGCAAGAUUAGUGGAGGCUAUAAUGGAUAAUGAAUAUUUGAAUGCAACAGUAAUUAAGUUAGAUGGUGGAAUGCGUAUGUUUUUGUAGAUUUUUUUUCUACGCAUUUAACUUUAAUAUUUGAAUACAAGACCUGUCCAAGUCUGCAUUUUCAUUAGUUUUUCACUGAAAUCUUUAAUAACAACUGUUAGUCAAAAUUGUAAAUAGUAGAUACAGAAUAAAAUGAAUUUAGUAUAA